AUGGGGUUUGCUGAAGCUGUGACAGGGACUUUGAUGCAUCUUGAAGCUCCAUCGUUACAGUGCCGCCAGGACAAAGAAAUGAUGAGGGUGAGAACUUGUAACAGGCAGCUAGCUUUGAUGAUGCAAUGCAAGACAGAUUUGCUUUCAAGGGGAUGGGCCUGCCUUUGCCCCCAGAAUGAUAUACACGAGGGCAUGCGCUUGUCUGAUGUUGCAUGCCUAUUGGCCUACUACUGGGUCCCAAGUCCCAACCCAUGCCGCGUUAACAUGAGGAGGCCCACGUAG